AUGGCCGCAGCCAUCAAGAAAAGCAACGUCAUCACUCAAAUCGUAAGGCUGAGACAAGUCGUCCGGCGCUGGAAAAACAACAGCCUUAAGCAGAGGACUCCACACUACGACUCUUCCUCAGAUUCUGACGAAUCGGCCAGUUCAAACAGGACCCCUUCCGGAUCAUUGGCAGUCUACGUGGGCCCAGAACGCUGCCGAUUCGUUAUCCCGACCCGGUUCCUGAACUUGCCCGUUUUCGUUGAUAUCCUCCGUGAGGCGGCGGAGGAAUUCGGGUUCCCGACAGCCGGUGGGUUGGUCCUGCCAUGUGAUGCCGGUUUUUUCAGAAAAAUCUUGAAAUUUCUUGAAAAUGAAGAAGAAAAAUUCGGUGGGCUAGGUUUAGACGAGUUCUUGAAGCUUUGUUCUGGAGUGGGCAUUGAAUCUUUUGACCAUUUUUCUUGUAAAAAUUCUUCUUACCACGUCUUCACUCCAUUGCUGCAGAAGACUAGCGUAGGCUAA